AUGUCUGCAGGGUCUACUCUAGCUCGCGUUGGGCAUGCCUCCCACGUGCGUCGAUGUCUCAUCGGUCUCCCUUCUAGUCAAGUAGAGCUCGAUCCCUCCAGGGUGGCGGCGAUCUUCUACUGUUUGGGGAGCCUGGACAUCCUCGGAGUGAUGGACAAGCAAUUAACCGAACUAGACCGUCAAACAUACAAAGAGUGGUUGUGGGAACAGCAAACAUCUGGAUCAUAUGGGGCAGGAUUCCGUCCGAGUCCCUAUGUCACUCCUGAGGGGUACGCAGGAGAGCCACUUGAAUACGAGACUCCACACCUUGUGAUGACCUACACGGCUCUGCUGUGCCUGACCAUGCUACGAGACGACUUCACAGCACUGAAUCGUUCCGGCAUCAUUCGCUGCAUCCGUGCAUGUCAACAGGAAGAUGGCAGUUUUUCAGCACUUCCCACCGGCGGGGAGUCUGAUCUCAGAAUGAUGUACUGUGCGUUUGUCAUCAGCAGCCUACUCGACGACUGGUCUGGCAUCGACCUCGAUCGCGCCAUCGCAUAUAUAGAGAGAUGCUAUAGCUACGAGGGAGGGUAUGGACAGACUCCAAACGGCGAGGCUUUAGGCGGCACGUCGUACUGCGCCAUCGCCUCCCUCUACCUGGCACCAAAUACGCCCGCCUCGCCACGGGCCUCGCGCCUUGCCGGCGCCGCCCGCGCGCGCACCAUCCGGUGGCUCGUCCAGAACCAGACACCAUCUGGCGGGUUCAGCGGACGGACCGGCAAGCCCGCUGACGCGUGCUACUGCUUCUGGUGCGGCGCUGCACUCAACAUCCUGGGCGCAGGUGACCUCGUCGACAGGGCUGCGAUGGCCGCCUUCCUCGCAGAGUGCCAGUUCAAGUUUGGUGGGAUUGCAAAGGCUCCAGGAGAGCGUCCAGAUCCGUAUCAUACGUAUUUGUCGCUGGCGAUCCUGGCAAUCCUGCCUGUGGAUGGGACGGCGGGCCCGAGUUGGAAGCUGGCGCCGCUGAACACGUUGUGGAACGCGACGGAGGAGACAGCGAUGUGGGCGAGAGAGCACAUUCCCGCAGCCAAAGCGUGA